GUGGGCUGCGAAGGAGGCAGGUCCCUGAGUCCCAGUGGAGGAGGCUCAGUGUCGGAGCAGCCGGCUGGGGAUUGGAGCGGUGGCGCGUCAGUAUCUGGAUCAGCCUCCGCCUCCUGCGCGCGGUGUGUGUGAGGGAAACUGAUCCAGACGGUGACGGAGCUUCCUCUCCCGCUCCUCAGCUGCCUGUCACGCCGUCACCGACAGACACCGAUCCCCCGAAGCCGUCCACCUGCUCCUGGGAUGGAGGGAGAGAUGCAGCCCGCGGACGAAGGGCCCUGCGCGCCGAAGAUGUGCCGACAGGAGCGGGGUCCGUACAGCAGCCUGAAGCCCUUCCAGAGCAAGCGCUCGGCGGGCAAGUCGCGCUUUGACAGGUCGGCUGCUGUGGUGGAGGUGCCUCUGUUUGGCGACGGACAUCACUUCACUUUUCACCCUGAGCAGCCUCAUCAUUUCCAGCCUCACCACAACCACCACCACCACCAGCAGCAGCAGCAGCAGCAGCAACACCACCACCAGCAGCAGCAGCGUGUGCAGCCGCUCCACCAGACCACCGUCGCCAUCAGCAGCAGCAGCAGCAUCCAGCAGCAUCACCCGACGCCCCAGCAGCAGCAGCAGCAGCAUCGCUUCCCAUGUGAGAGCAGGCCCAGCAGCAGGGUCCCCACAUCCACAGCCUCUCUGGGUGCGCAACAGCGGCGCGUCAGCGGAGCGGAGCCCAGAUUGUCUCCAGACUGCAGCUACAGCAUCAGCUCAGAAAACCGUCUCAUCUUGGAUGCCUUUGCUCAGCAGUGCAGCCGAGUCCUCAGCCUCCUCAACAACGGCCGUCUCCUGGAGCCUUCCUCCUCCUUCGCCUCCAACAUCAAGCUGGAGGACGCUCAGGGGCUUCACUGCUCCUCACUGGGGAAGCCCAAACCCGAAGAAAGCUCGUCGACCACGGACCCAGAGGAGGAGGCUCAACAAAGCCAUCUGAACCAACAACAGACCUCUGCCGUUCUCCGCAUCUUCACAGACUCCCUACAGAGCUAUCUCCUCUCAGGGCCUCAGCAGCAGCAGCAGCAGCAGCAGCAUCUGGCUGCAGGUCUGGAGGACGAGCGGUGUCCGACGGCAGAGCCCGGUUCGGGGGUCUCUCCUCCGAGACACACUCUGGGAGGCUGGGGCUCACCGACUCCAUCAGAGUCGUACGGCCAUCCAUCGUCCACGCUGCCCGAGGAGGAAGAGGAGGAGGAGAACUGCUGUCCACGCUGCCUGGAGCUGGAGCAGGAGGUUUUGUCUCUGCAGCAGGAGAACGAGGAGCUCCGCAACAAGCUGGAGAACAUUCCAGCUCCUUGUCAAAAUGUUCUCGACUACUUCAAGACUGUUCUGGAGUUUCACAACCAGCUGAUCCAGCCGCUGCCGGAGGAGCAGCUCACAGAGGAGGAAGAGCGGCAAACGGUGUUUGAGGGCAGUAAACAGCUCCUGGAGAACUACCCUCUGUUCAUCUCCAACAAGCAGUGGGAUGAAGCCGUCAACUCCUCCAAGAAAGACGGCCGUCGGCUGCUGCGCUACCUGAUACGCUACGUCUUCACCACGGACGAGCUGAAGUUCUCCUGUGGUUUGGGGAAGAGGAAGCGUUCAGUCCACUCAGGGGAGCCGGGCUUGGAGAGACGACCGCUCAACCCCGUCAAAGUCAGCUGCCUCAGAGAGUUCAUCCGGAUGCACUGUGCCUCAAACCCAGACUGGUGGAUGCCGUCAGAGGAGCAGAUCAACAAAGUGUUCAGCGACGCCGUCGGUCACGCUCGCCAGGGCCGGGCGGUCGGCACGUUCCUCGGCAGCAGUGGCAGCAGCACCAGCAGCCUCUACAUGGACAGCUUUGACGGACACCUGUCGCAGGACGAACUGUAUUUAAAAGGCUGCCAGAACGGAUCAGAUUGAAGGUGAACGGGAGAAGCGAAAGACAAAACGGCAGAGAUGUAGCUGUACGACAAAACAUAUCCUAAAACACUGACCUUAUCCUGUCACUUUACACAGUGAAGAAAACAUUCCAGAAGUUU